AUGCUCCGCCGGGCCGGAAAGGAAAACUUUCAAGGCGCUAUCUUGUAUUCACAUGUGUCACGACUUGUAUUUACACCCAACGUUUGUGAUGCUUGUGUACUUGUGUUGUGCCAGUUCAACUGUCAGGACACAACGACAAGACAUGUUUGUCGUUGAAAAAGAAUGUUGGUCCACUCUAUGAGGCAUAUUUCCUGGAAUGGCAAACUUAAUCCAGACUCUGGAGCAGGACUACAACAUUUGGACGGACCAGAUAACGUUCAGUGAAACGUUAAGUUAAAAAGCUGACAGAGCUCCUGCUGCAGGCAACAAAUAAAGUUGGAUCCUCCCUUCAAAGUCCUCCCUCAGCCGUGGAGGACUCAGACAACAACUCUGACAAACAACAAGCAAUGGGAACAAAGGAGACACUGCAGAAAACCUCCAAGGAAGUUUAUUUUGCUGUCCUGCCAGAUAAAUAUGAACCUUUGAUCGAAGAUGAUGGGAUUGAGGAAACAUCUGAGCAAAGGUUGAGGAGGAAGGAGAAGAGGAAGAGAAGGAGGAAGAAGUACAAGAAGAACCUCAAGAAGGCCUGCAGUUUCACCUGGCGCUGCCUGGUGUGCGGCCUGCAGACCCUGGCUGCCUCGUACGCCAUGCCGCUCUCCGCUGUGGGAGUGGUGAUGGAGAAUCAUCGAGCAACGUCCAGCAAAGCCUGACGAGACAGAGAAUGGAGCUUCGCUAUGAAUUUGUCGGUUGUUGUUUUUUUUUCUUUGUCACAAUUUUUGUUUGUCAUAACAGUAAAACCAUUUGCAUGAAGUAGACCGGUGUUGGUUUCUUGAUUUUUAAAAAGAAUUUAAUAAAUGAAUUCACCUGUAUUAAAAUGAGUAUUAAACGCAGCCUUGUGAUGUCAAUUCUCCUUUCAUGCUUGUCCAACCCAUGUGGUCCAAUGCCUUCUCAAGCCUUUCACUCGUCUUUCAACUUGUCUUCUAUCCAUUUUAAUAAAUCUUUCAAAAAAGCAAA